AGCAAAAAGAAAUCAAACGGUUUAUACUAGCUUAUGAAAAAGAUAUUGAAUAUAUAUUGGAUAGUGAAUGGUAUACAGUACGUGUUUUCCUUUCACUGGGUUGCCCUUGAACUUAGGCAACGACUUAACAGCUCAGGGUCAAUGCUGGAGAAGCUAUCGAAUAAUAUAUUGCGGGGUAUAAUAGCUAUAAGUACCGGUAUAAUCACUUAUAAAUAUCACUCACUUGUUGGUACAAUAGUUUAUUGUGAAGGUGUUAGUAUGGAGCCCACUGUUAAUGAUGGCGAUUACUUAGUUGUUGAAAGGCUCUCACUCAUUUUGGGACGCGUUAAAAGAGGAGAUGUUGUGGUUGCCGGUCAACGCAGAAAAUAUGAUACUACACAUGUUCUGAAGCGAAUCAAGGGUCUUGGGGAUGACCAAAUUACUUUUUGGGAUAAUAGUCACUGGGCAAUUACCGCUAAACAGGUACCUCAAGGUCAUGUUUGGUUAGAAGGUGAUAAUGCAUCACAGUCGUUAGAUUCUAGGUCUUAUGGUCCCGUUCCCAUUUCUCACUUAGAAUACAAAGUAUUUCUCCGUAUCUGGCCGUUAAGUCACUUUGGACGACUUCAAACACCAAAAUCUGUUACCUGUACAACUGAUAAACCGUGUAAUCCUGCAGUUGUAGACCUGGGUUCAAUGCGAGAACGGGAAAAAGAUCAGAAUAUUUGAUAACCAAGUCCAUGGACCUUCUAAAAUUUUAUUUGACCAUUGAUUACUACCCACCGCUGUUAGAAUUUUUCUAAUUCUUAUUACCUGGUAUUUGGAAAUAUUGUUCUGAAAAACGCCAAUUCAAUGUCUUCCACUUACCCUUUAUUUCGUUCCUAACAUUUUAUGUUGCAAAUAUUUCCUUUGUUAUUGCACUUCUUUUGUAAAAAUAUUUUUCAUCGACCUAAAUAUUAGAAUUUUUACUUUAAUUUGUAAAUGACUGACUUUCAUGUAUAUAAAAUGCUUUUAUUCUGCAACCUGUGUACAUACCUAGGAGAAAUACAAAAGCUACCAAAUAUCUCUUCAUAGGGAUAUUUAUAUACGUUUGUUAUUUCCCAAUAUACUUUUCGAAGUUUUCAAAUCAAAUACUGACGAG